CAGCCUGGAGCGAGCGCAGCCUCGUGCCCGCCGCCCGUGCCCGCCGCCGCUGCCGCCGCCGCCGCCGCCCGUGCCCGCCGCCCCCGGGGCAUGGCCUGUCUGAUGGCCGCUUUCUCGGUCGGCACCGCCAUGAACGCCAGCAGCUACUCUGCAGCGAUGACGGAGCCCAAGUCCGUGUGCGUCUCGGUGGACGAGGUGGUCUUGGGCAACAUGGAGGCCACCGAGACGGACCUGCUGAACGGACAUCUGAAAAAGGUGGACAACAACCUCACGGAGGCUCAGCGCUUUUCGUCCCUGCCCCGCAGGGCGGCCGUGAACAUCGAGUUCAAGGACCUCUCCUACUCCGUCCCCGAAGGACCCUGGUGGAGGAAGAAAGGAUACAAGACCCUUCUGAAAGGCAUCUCCGGGAAGUUCAACAGCGGGGAGCUGGUGGCCAUCAUGGGUCCCUCUGGGGCCGGGAAGUCCACACUCAUGAACAUUCUGGCUGGAUACAGGGAGACUGGCAUGAAGGGGGUCGUCCUCAUCAACGGCCUGCCCCGGGAUCUGCGCUGCUUCCGGAAGGUGUCCUGUUACAUCAUGCAGGACGACAUGCUGUUGCCACACCUCACUGUGCAGGAAGCCAUGAUGGUGUCUGCACAUCUGAAGCUCCAGGAGAAGGACGAAGGCAGAAGGGAGAUGGUCAAGGAGAUCCUGACGGCUCUGGGCUUGCUCUCUUGCGCCAACACGAGAACCGGAAGCCUCUCGGGCGGCCAGCGGAAGCGCCUGGCCAUCGCACUGGAGCUGGUGAACAACCCUCCCGUCAUGUUCUUCGAUGAGCCCACCAGCGGCCUGGACAGCGCCUCCUGCUUCCAGGUGGUCUCCCUGAUGAAAGGACUGGCCCAAGGAGGGAGGUCCAUCAUCUGCACUGUCCACCAGCCCAGCGCCAAGCUCUUCGAGCUCUUUGACCAGCUUUAUGUCCUUAGUCAAGGACAAUGUGUGUACCGGGGAAAAGUCUCAAAUCUUGUACCAUACUUGAGGGAAUUAGGUCUGAAUUGCCCAACCUAUCACAACCCUGCUGAUUUUGUCAUGGAGGUAGCGUCCGGUGAAUACGGUGACCAGAACAGCCGCCUGGUGAGAGCCGUCCGGGAGGGCAUGUGUGAUUCUGACCACAGGAGAGAGCCUGGGGGGGAUGCCGAGGUGAACCCUUUUCUUUGGCACCGGCCCUCUGAAGAGGACUCCACCUCCAUGGAAGGCUGUCACAGCUUCUCGGCCAGCUGCCUCACCCAGUUCUGCAUUCUCUUCAAAAGGACCUUCCUCAGUAUCAUGAGGGAUUCGGUCCUGACGCACCUGCGGAUCACGUCUCACAUCGGCAUCGGCCUCCUCAUCGGCCUGCUCUACCUGGGGAUCGGGAACGAAGCCAAGAAGGUCCUGAGUAACUCCGGCUUCCUCUUCUUCUCCAUGUUGUUCCUCAUGUUCGCGGCCCUCAUGCCCACUGUUCUCACAUUCCCCCUGGAGAUGGGAGUGUUCCUUCGGGAGCACCUGAACUACUGGUACAGCCUGAAAGCCUACUACCUGGCCAAGACCAUGGCCGAUGUCCCCUUCCAGAUCAUGUUCCCGGUGGCCUACUGCAGCAUCGUGUACUGGAUGACGUCACAGCCGUCCGACGCCGUGAGGUUCGUCCUGUUUGCCGCGCUGGGCACCAUGACCUCUCUGGUGGCGCAGUCCCUGGGUCUGCUGAUUGGAGCUGCCUCGACGUCCCUGCAGGUGGCAACCUUUGUGGGCCCUGUGACGGCCAUCCCCGUCCUCCUCUUCUCGGGGUUCUUCGUCAGCUUCGACACGAUCCCAGCUUACCUGCAGUGGAUGUCGUACAUCUCCUACGUCAGGUACGGGUUCGAAGGGGUCAUCCUGUCCAUCUACGGCCUGGACCGGGAGGACCUGCACUGUGGCAUCGACGAGACGUGCCACUUCCAGAAGUCAGAGGCCAUCCUGCGGGAGCUGGACGUGGAGGACGCCAAGCUCUACCUGGACUUCAUCGUCCUGGGGGUUUUCUUCAUCUCCCUGCGCCUCAUUGCCUACUUCGUCCUGAGAUACAAGAUCCGGGCCGAGAGGUAAAACACCGGAGUGCCAGCAGAGGGCGGAGUAGACAGUACGGCCCAGGGUGGCUUGUAGGAUCGCGGUGGCAGGGCCGUGCCCGCGGACACAGGGACCCCCGCCACCCAGCCCUGGCAGCGCCCUCGGGCCUUGGGCGUCAGGCCGCCCGGUCCGUGCAGCCCGGCCGGGCCUUCGCUCCGUCCCCCUUUCUGGCUCCACCGGGGAAGCGAGUGUAGAGGUGUGUCCUCGAGCAGCAUUUCACAACGCGGCGGCGGGGCGGCUGGGGAGGAAGGCCAGUGCCCGCGGCCCCGCUCAUGACUGUCGCUGUCACCGCCCCCCCCCCCCCCCCACGGUCUGCCUCCUUCUCCACGGAGAAGUCACCUUCCAAGCCAAAAGCCGAUAACUCUCAUCCAUUUGAAGAAACUGUAUCUUUUUAGUACUCGUCGAAGAACACGAUUCAGGGUAAAUAACACACUUUGCUUCGAGAGGCGAGGGGUUGAACUUCACCGCGGGGCUGGUCUCGUUUUUCGGGCUGAAGCUGUAAAAGAUGGAGACGUGGUCCCCGGCGGAGAGAAGGUUCUGGAGCUGCACGCGCUCAGCCGCGCCGGAAUUUCAAGAAGUCGUGAGGAAAGCUGGAGGGUGAGGUUGGCCGACGCCCCCCAAGCCUUCUGUUUCCCCCCGUGCUUCUUAUCUUAAGCAAAACAUAUUGUUUAUUUCUUCCUAACUCUCUGAACACCUUAAUUUUGCCUACAACAUGUCCAGAAAAUUGGCUCUGUUGAUGUUUUACCCAUGUGUCUCUCUCCCCACGUAUCACAUCACCUACCUCCACGGAGCUGGGGGUGCUGGGCUUGCGGAAAGUCCAGGGGGGCACACGGAGGGCCGUGAGGGGACCCCACUGUGGCGGGGGGGGGGGGGGGGGGGGGAGGGUGCCCAGACCCCAGAGCAUCCAAGGCCUUUGCAAGAAAGCAGCGAACACCGUGUGGCCGAGACGCCUGUGGUUUGGCCAGGCGAUGGACAGGGUUGUGGGCAAUGCCACCUGCCAAGCCCCGUUUCGGUGGCAUCUCCUCCUUCUCAGCCCUGGCUGGGCUGGUGGCGAUGUCGCGGAUCAGAAGCUCCUUCUUCCCCGUGAAGGAAGUCGAGGGUGCAUCUAGGGGAGGGGUAAACGGCCUCUGGCUUGCUCCCAGGUGCCUGGGCGCCUACCAGCCGUCAGAGGCAGUGUGACCACAGGGUGGAGGUCAGAAGAGGCCAAAGAAGGGAAUGGAGUGUUGCCCCCUGGGAAUCUCCUCGCCCUGGGGCCGGGGUUUCCUCGCGACUCUGGCUCCUUCCCGCCCUGAGCCUGGAUCUCCUGGUCUGUGAACGGUAGCGCUGGGCAGUCUUCAAGGCCGCUUUCAGCCCUGAGAGGUUCUGCGCCUCCUCAGCCGUGUUCCCAAAGCUUCUAUUUCCUACUUGAAGAGAAUGGAGAGCGUUCAGAUUUUGCCGGCACAUGGAUCUGACUCGCAGAUACUUGGUGAUCGCUUUGCUCCUCUUGGUGAUCCCUUUGCUCCCGCUUUGAUCCGUUUUAGUAAACACAGUGGAGACAUGUUACAACGUAGCUUUGAGUUUCAUGGUUCUGUGCAAAUGGGGCAUCACUGGCCAGAUGAAGCGAUUUAACCAGGAUCGCUUUUUAGGCGCCAUAAAAAGCCUUCGUUUAAUUUCAAGACAGAUUUGCCUGCAAGAUGUCGCACGCAGGUAGGAAGUCCCACAUGGGAACAGCCUGGUGAAAUAGAGAGGGGGUGGGGCCGGGGGGAUGGCUUUGGUCACGCCACAGUGACAUCAGGUGUGCUGGGUAUUUAAAGACCUCUUUCCCUCCAGGUGAGCCCUCUGGAGGCAGGUCUGUGACCCUGCCAAGGACAGGCUGGCGGGGAGCUGCAAUGCAGGACCCAGCCCUCCCCCUACCAGGCACCAUUUUGUGACCCGAGCCCACCGUGCGGUGUCUCAGCCAUUUCAGAAGGAAACAGAUUCCUUGAGACCGAAAAUCUAGUUCCCAAGUGUCCCUGCAUCCUCAGAAGGAAAUAUUUCCCUAGGAGUGCAUGCUCCCUGCAUUUUCCAUUUUCCACUCUUGAGAAAUUACAUUUGUCCCUUAAUAGAUGAAGACGGGUAGGGGGCAGAUCUGGCGGAUGUGAGGCUGUCCGCUGUCGAGGAAAAUGCAUGUGCAAAGCAACAGGGCGCUGACUGGUGUGUGGCACGAAUAACUGUCGUGGCCAGGCAGGGGAUUUGCUCAGAAAGGCCUUGGGGCGCCUUGAGAGAGGCGGUCAGUCCCGGGAUGCCGUCCCUCCCCCGUCGGCGGCAGGUGCCCCCCGCUGGCGCCUUCACACAGACCCUGGGCGACAGUGAGGCCAACGGUGUUCUUUGCGUCCCCAGGUAGCUGGGUACAACGUCUCACUCGGAUGACCUAAGCUAACGUCCAGACCACCUGUUGACUUGUUUUUGAACUCGUUGCGGUUAAGAGGGGGGUGUCCACCUGCUGGCACUGAAUCGAGGCCAGCUGCCCGGGUUUAAUUCUCGUCGUGAGUUCUGAAUGCAAUGCCUCCUCUCGUCUCCGUGAUUCUUCAUUUAGAGGGAAGAGUGAAAUCUUGCGUGAGAGAUGUGAAGCCCCUCCGCUAUUAGGAGAGGCAAAAGCGCGAGUCCAAAGGGUCUCGCUGCUAAGUUCGGCCUGUCGGGCGAGAAGGGGGAGCAGCGGGGUCCGACAGCUGCGGGGCCUGGGGUCUGGUGCCAGCCGCACCUUGGGAGCCUUCCAUGGGUGCCACCGUAGGAUUGUGCCCCUUUUUGCUCCUGGUCUCGCUGAGGACCAGCCGGAGGGGGCAGUUCUUCCAAGGGUCCCGCGUGGGUGCCAUGGGGAGCUCUCCCCAGGGGGGGAAGAAACCCUGUACCUGGAAGAUGCUGGAGUCUGGUGAUGUCACCUUGGGCAAGGGGCCUUCGGGACCAGGACAAAGCUCAUCCCAGAGACCCACAGAAAGGCCACGUUCCCGGGGAGCAUGACCGGGAGG